UGAAAGGUGAUGCGCGACAAAAACAUCAAAUUUUCUUUGUGUGCGAGUAACGCGUGAAACGUCAGGGCCGUGAUCAUUGAGAGACAACUUAUUGUUUGCUUUUAUCGACAGACAAAAAUGAGGACGUCUGCAGGAUUGUAUUCAGGAAUGUGAGAGCGAACGCGUGCGUAAACAACUCUGGUGAAGUUUGCAGACGUCUGGCGUCUGCUCCGUGAGAAGAGGAGCCACGAAAACAUUCUGCACUGGUGGACGGAUGAAUGUGGGGGGAAAUGGAUGUUUGAGGACCCUUUGAAGAGGCCUUUGGAAAGAGCUCUGGCCCACUCUGUGACGCAGAUGUAAACAAGAGCUCUGGCCCACUCUGUGAUGCAGAUGUAAACACACAGCCAUAAAGCAGACUUUGUCCACAUUAAAAGGAAGACAAAAUGGACUCUCACAUUUCAAGUAACAAUCCACAAGAUGCCCCCAUGAUUCGAAGCGGCAGCUUCUUUAAGCUGAUUGAUGCAUUUGCGCUGGAGAUUGGGGAGUUAAAGAAGGAGAUGGUUCACACAUCUCCCACAGUGGACCAGGAGCCUGCGGACACACAAGGGCUAGAGAGCGAGGUGAGUGGCGAGGUUAAUGGCAUUUACCUGGAACCCCCUCAACGCGGCAGUGUGAGGUGCGAGAGGGAUUAUGGAUAUGACUCAUUACGGAGGAGGAUGAGCGUCUUGGACAGACUGACUCAAACACACACCGCAUGGCUGCUGCUGUCAGUCAGUGAAGAGGAAGCCAAACACAUCCUCCUUAAACAGCCGCCAGGGGUUUUCUUGGUAAGGAAGUCAGUCACUCUCCAGAGGAAGGUCCUCUCGGUGCGUCUGAAAGAGGAUGGGGCAGGAAGCGCCAUCAGCCACUUUCCUGUCAGAGAAAGCCACUAUACGUUUUCUCUCGAUGGAUCUGGAAUCAGCUUUGCAGAUCUUUUUCGUCUCGUGGCUUUCUACUGUAUAAGCAGGGAUGUCUUGCCCAUCCCUCUCAAACUCCCAGAAGCCAUUGCAUCUGCCAAGACACAAAAAGAUCUGGAAGAGGUGGCUCAACUUGGACCAGGCUUUUGGGACUCUGCCCUGUGCAGCCAGCGUCCGACCUCCCACCUUCCCAGUCGACCCUCUAGCCGAACUCUCAGCCCCCAACGGACAAGCAGGACCACUGAGGAAGAAGGGUCGGAGCGUCAUCAUACUGGGCCCCACUGUGACAGCGCACCACCGACAUUACGUCACCGGGCUUCUUCCCCUCGAAGUGAAAAAAGGCAUUCCAGUGCUACUCUCUGCUUUGUCAACCCACUGUUUUUCCAAACUCGGCAGCACCAUCACUGUGAGGUCAAUCUAUCUUUGCACGACACUAUAAAUGUGUCAAUGAAAUCCACAAGCGGCGGCAGCCAAGAGAGCGAGCGGCACCAAGAAGAGAUAAAAGUGGAUCGCAAAUCGCACCCCCCUCCACGACCACCCCCACCUCGCUUGAUGCUUCGCAGGCGACCGGCCCCACCUCCACCUGGACCUCCAGCACUUACUACCAGACCCAAAAGCAUGCCAGUGGCCAUUCCUGUGGCCCCAAAGCAGCAGCGGGCCCCCACCAGGCGCCCCGCUCCGCCUCCACCGACAAUGGGUGCUAAACACAGCAGCCCACUCAAAGGUUCAGGGAGAUCACCAAUCCAUGUGCCUUCAAACCCACCACCUCCAAGACCCAACAAGCCACUUAUGCCCCAACACUGCCACAUUGCCCUUGAUGAUGAGACCAUUGCCCAAGCUAUAUCUCGAGUCAAGCCACCUGCUUGCGUUCCGGAUGAUAUUCCGAUCGAGAACAGCAGUGUGAGUCCGUCGAUCCAAAACGAGAGAGGACUUCAACGACUCAGUGACAUGAGCAUGUCGACUUCUUCUACUGAGUCAUUGGAAUAUUCACAAUCUCCCGGGUUCUCCCUGGGCAUGGGUUCCACCCAGUCAUGCCACCUUAACCAUCAAGACACAGUAGAGGACACAAGUGAGGACGAUGAUGAAGAUGAUGACGAUGAUGGUGAAGAGGAAGUAGAGGAGGACUAUGGGGUGGGCCUCGAGGCUGACUUGGAAAUGCGUCUCCGUCAGUCCUUCAAAGCGAGGAGGCGCAGGGUGGGUGUGAGUCUAAGCGGGGGAUCAUUUAUUCUUCCCCAGGCCUUGAAGGGACGCUUACGCAAGGUCAGCGGUAUGCUCACCUCCUUGAUGACGCCAGAAAGACGGGCAGUGAAAAAGAUUGCUGAGCUGUCCAGGAAUAAAAGUUCAUAUUUUGGCUCCCUGGUCCAGGACUACAUUAGCUUUGUUCAGGAGAAUCGGGGUUGCCACACUUCAGGGGAGGAUUUUCUGCAGACACUCAGGCAGUUCAUGACGCAGAUGAAAGCUUACUUGUGCCAAAGUUCGGAGCUGGACCCUCCAAUCGAGUCGCUCAUUCCUGAAGAUGUGAUUGAACAGGUGUUGGAAAAGGCCAUGCACAAGUGUGUGCUGAAGCCUCUGAAGACUUUCAUCGACGUGGCCUUACAUGACUUUCAGGUGAACAGUGGAGAUUGGCAGCAGAUGAAAGACAAUUUAGACUUGGCUAAGUCCAAGAGGCCUCAGGAGCUGGGAGUGGACGGUGCGGUACCACCUGACGCUAUGGCCAUUGAGAAGAUUCGACACAAGUUCCUCAGCAUGAGGAAGAUGUACUCACCUGAGAAAAAGGUGUCACUGCUGUUACGUGUAUGCAAGCUCAUCUACACCAUCAUGCAGGACAACUCAGGGAGGAUGUACGGCGCUGAUGACUUCCUGCCCAUGUUGACGUAUGUGGUUGCACAAUGUGACUUGCCUCAGCUGGACAUGGACAUCCAGUACAUGAUGGAGCUGCUGGAUCCAUCUCUUCUUCAAGGAGAAGGAGGUUACUACCUGACAAGUGCCUAUGGGGCUAUGGCCCUCAUCAAGAAUUUUCAAGAGGAGCAAGCAGCACGGGUGCUGAGCUCUGAGGCCAGAAACACUUUACAUCAGUGGCACCGCCGUCGCACUGCUCAGCGUUCAGCACCCACCGUGGAUGACUUUCAGAACUAUCUACGUUUAGCCCUGCAAGAUGUGGGUACGGGCUGCACAGCUAAAACCUUAAUCGUCCAGUCAUACACCACGACAGAAGAGGUCUGCUCACUUUGUGCUGACAAAUUUAAGGUUUCCGAGCCUGACAACUACGCCCUCUUUCUGCUCACUGAGGACACCUGUCAACAACUGGCCCCUGACACACACCCUCAACAAAUCAAAGCUGAGCUUCACAGCCGACCCCGAGCAAAGACCUUUAAUUUUGUCUACAGACGGGUGCCGAAUCUAAACCUUAAUAUACCAACUUAGUGCCUCCUUUAUUAAUGUUCAAGCUGAGCAGUGAGGGAACAUUCCCCAAGUGGCAGCACUUGAAUUGAAACAGUUACUGAUGUUCAAGUAGUUUUCUAGUGCUUAAACAAUCUUGACUGAUGAAGAAUUUUAAUGGAAAAGUGGGAAGUUGGACUCUGGGAAAGUGUUAUGUGAGUCGUAGUGCGCCCUUAAAAAUGUAUUAUGGUAAUACUAAUUGUUUGCGGCAUCGGCAGAGUCAAAGAGCAAAUGAUAGGUCAU